AUGUCUCUCCCGGAGCCCCCCCGCUCGGGCGACUGGCCUCCCCCUCCACCACCCUUUCCGUCGCCCGCGCCGCCGCCGCCACCACCGCCCCCGCGCUCUAGCCCUGCACCCAACGCCCCUGCUCGCCCUCUCCAACUGCGGUCGUCGGCUCGACGGCGCCCUGGUGUCUCCGGCAAGCUACCCCAGCAGAGGGGCAUCGUCGUCAAGCCUGUGCCAGGCCGGUUUGAGCUCCAAAACCGGUUGCUCUCGGAGCUCUACGAGUGCAUCGUCCCCAACCUCCUCUCCCCGUCGCCGGCCCCGGCGCCGAUCUGGGUAACCCCUCCUUCUCGUGAUCCAUGUUACAAUGUGUUCUUCAUCUCGAACUCGCUCUGUCACAUGCUUGCGCCCCGUCCGAGUCGCCUUAAGGUCGAACGCGUCCAGGACUGUGUGUUCGUGGCGUUUGUGUCGAGUCAGAGGUUCGCUGACGCCUUAGCCAUUGCUAGGAGCUUGCACAUUGCUGAUGUGCGCCUGCUCUUCCACCCUGCGCUCGCCGUUGCCGUGGGCGCUGCUUCCCGCCUUCCCCAAUUCGCCCAAACGGUCGUCCGGUCCGUUCAAACGGAAAGCCAGCCUGUCCGAGCUGCCCACCAGGCCUCACCAAACGCCUUUACGGCUACUGACCGCGACCCCGAGGCAAUCUGUCUUGGGACAGUACCUGUAGAUCUUCUCUCUGCAUCGCCCUUCCCUCCCUCCCCUGUGACGGGUACGCUGCGCGCGGCGCGACAUCUUGUCGCGGCUAAUGCGGCAGCUGCGGCCACGCAAAGCCUUGUCGCAUCUAAUGCGGCAGCUCAGACUUCGCCUUUGCCUACCGAAGUCAAUGCUUCUCCAACCAGGCCUCGAUCCUACCUUGAAGCCGCUCGCUCCCCCCCGGUGCCGCUUCCCGCGUCUGUCAAGCUGCUUAAACCCCUUGCCCCUGCCAAGGGCUGCUUCCGCUGCCUCGCCUUGGACCACCUGGUCGCAGACUGUCGUGAGCCCGUCCGCUGCAAGCUGUGCCGCGCGUACGGCCACAAAAGUCCCCAGUGCAAGAUGAAGCUCAAGGUCAUCCUGCACGCCGUCGCUCGGCGCCUCCGCACACCUGCCGCUGUCCGUGCGGCCCGUGCGCGGCCGGAACCUGCCGCUCUCGAGCCGCUGCCGCCGUCGGACUACCCGUCGUUGGACUUCGAGGCGGCCGCUGCGGCUGCCUACGACCCCGCCAACAUGGUGCCUUCGUCGUCGCUGGCCCCUUUGCCGGUAGACGACCUGGGCACUGAGGCUCCUACCUGCGUCGACAAGUUCAUCCUCGACUCCCCGGCCUCUCCUGUCCUGCUACCUUUGGGCCAGUCGGCGGAUGUUACGCUGCCGGCUGUCGCUCAGGCGCUUGAUCUUGGGACCUCGGCCCUAGGACCAGGCGCUAUGGGGGCGUCUGGCGGUGGAUCGUCUAACGACGAGUACGCCAGCGGGGAGCUGGACUCGGGCUCCGGGGCCUCAGGCUCGUCCUGGCAGGAAGGGCGCCCCAGGCAUGCGGACGCCUGA